AUGUCCUCCGCAGAAGAAUCGCCAGCCCAGCGAGCAGCUCGCCUCCGACGCGAACGUCGCGAAGCUAAAAUCAAAGAAGGUGGUGCAGCACGACUGGAUAAGAUUACUAGUCUGAGUGGGCGGACAUGCGCAAGCUUGCGCGAAGAGAUGUCUCCAUCGCCGUCCCUAUCGCCCCAGCCUCCUGCACCCGCAUCUUCAGUAACGGAAACGGAACCGUCUCAAGAGCAAGAAACCCCAGCCCAGUCAACACCGGACCCUGAAAUCGUGACUCCUGAAAUCCAGUCUCCCGAAAACCUACAAGCGCAACAAGAGUUAUUCCGCGCUCUUCUCCGCCAAGGUGGCCCAUCGCCCUUUCAGCAGGGGCCUCAAGAGGAGGAUCCUGCGCUGCAAAUGCUCAAUUCGCUGAUGACAGGAAUGAAUGGGCAAGGUCAAGUUGCGGCGGCCGGUGGGCCGUCGCAAGCCGAACUCGCGUCUGCCCUGGGACUCCCUCCAUUCGUCUCAGACCUGCUGGGGGCUGUGACUCGGAAACAGACCGAUGAGGAAAAGAAGGAAAUUCGGACAUGGAAAGCUCUUCAUGCACUGUUCACGAUGGCGGUCGGAAUCUACUUGCUCAUGCUUAUCAGUACAUCCGUUUCGACAUACGGUAGCCAGCCACCGGCCCCGGCCACCGCACGGAAUCCAUUCCUUUACUUUACGACGGGUGAAAUGGUGUUAACUGGAGCGAGAUUAAUGAGCAAAGGCCGGACCGGAGGAGCUGCCGGGCUAAUGUUGUUGUUUCAGCUGUUCCAGGAGAUAAUUCGUGAUGGCAGCCUUGUAGUGUUUGCGCUGGGGAUGGGCGCUUGGUGGACUAAUGAGUGGACGGCAUAUUGA